ACAGUGCGCAUGACCACUCACAGCAGUCUGCCCAGGAUCUCGUGAUAUUGCUGUACUGUGUUGGAUAUCAGCAGUUUCACCGUUUUUCGUAAACUAGUCAUUUAUUGUUUCGUUUGAGAGUAUCAGUUAACAUGGCAGAUCCAAGAAUACGACAGAUUAAAAUCAAGACUGGCGUUGUUAAGCGGCUGGUGAAGGAGAAGGUAAUGUACGUCAAGGAGACCAAGCAACAGGAGGAGAAGAUUGAACGACUAAAGGCAGAUGCCUGCGACGAAGAGGCCGACUCCGAGGCCAAGCAUGUCAUCAAGAAACAGUUGGAGGUUCUACAGGAGUCCAAGAUGAUGAUUCCAGACUGUCACAGGCGUUUGACCAUAGCACACGCAGACCUGUCCCAGAUACUAGAAACAGAAGAGGACUUGGCUGAAGCAGAGGAGUACAAAGAGGCCAGGAUUGUAUUGGAUUCAGUGAAGCUUGAAGGAUGAUGUUCUCACUCUGUAAUGCACUACUUAAAUGUCCAUUCCAUUCAUCUGCGCUUGUUUGGAAACGCAGACAAACAAAAUAGUUCAGUGUCUUUUUCUCUUUCUCUCCCUCUUUUUUAUUAUUUUUUUUCUACAUUUGAAAACAACGUACAGUCUGAUCUCGACAUCCUUCUCCAGAGUGUACAAUCUCACACAAGCAGCAAAUAAAAACGUGUUUAUUUUCUUACCAUGGGGGUUUGCUUGGUUUCUUCAACUAAACAGCUGAAAAUGAAGCCUGAUUGUAUUGUUUAACUCAUAUUAAAGCUAUACAAUAGUA